AUGAUAAUGAUAGUCCUCUUCACCGUCUCCAACCUAGUAAUCUCAGACCCAUUCCCCACCCAAUUCCAGUCUCUCGCCGGCGGUAUUUUCAACGAGAUCGCCCAAUUCGGCAACGCAGUCGGUCUUGGAGUCACGGCGGCUAUUGCGGCAUCGGUUACGAAUCAUUCAGGCAUUCCUGUUUCUGAUCAUGAAGCAGCUCUUAUGCGCGGCUACCGGGCUUCGUUUUGGACGAUCUUUGCGAGUGCGUUAGUUGUUGUUCCCGUUGCCUUUUCGGGUUGA